AUGAACGAAAAUAAGAAGUUGGACAUCAUUCGGAACAUGCUGCAUACCCUACUGGGGGACUCGAACAAAGAAAGGAAAGACGACGAUGAUGUGGAGGAGGAACAAGUACCAGAAGGAAAUAAUAAUCCACUGCACUGCGAUCCACGAGGAGACCACCGCAGCGUUUGCAAAGACACAGAGAAGAAGGAACGAAAGGAGCAAAGGGAAAAAAACAAUUUGAAGAAAAAGUAUGUAGAGAAAUCCAAAGAAGUGAUAUCUUUUUACCGAAAUUACAUGAACAAAUCAGAACAAAAGGAGCUGGAAAAGUAUGCCAAUCUUUACGACAUCGUUUUAAAUAAUGCCUUCGAACAUACAGAAAGGGACAGUAUAGACACGUACAUGUAUUGUAACGUCUUCCCUAUGUUAAAGAAAACGUUUGACGCGUUCGUUGUUUAUGUUGCCAAAUUAAAUGAACAUAAAAAUGAUGAAUGUUACAAACAGGUUAUAAAAAAUUUCGACCCAAUUUUAUUGUUCUCUCAAUAUAUUAUACGCUUGACGGAUGAGGACUUUUCACAAAGUGAUAAGGAGAACAGCUUGUUUGAAGAAGAACUUAGUGGAUGUUUCUCUGCAGGGGGGAGGUUCCAAAAGAAGGGGACUAUUGAAUUAGACAAACUUAUCCAUGAUGAGUUCUUCCUUACCACUGGUGAAGUGCAGACCAAUGGAACUGACCUCGGCCAUACUGAUGAGAAAGAAAAAGACGCCGAAUUGACCCAAGUUGAAAAAGAAAUCAACGAUUUUUACAACAACUAUGACUUAGUCGCGGAAGAGAACAAAUUGAAAAGGCUGCAAAAAAGGAGGGACAUUUUGAAGUCCAUUUAUAGCAAGAAAAACGUUUUAUCAGCCGACGAAAUAGCCUCCUAUAAUUCCUACUAUGAGGAGCGUAUUAAAGUGAGGGGCAAGAAGCUACUACCUGGUAGGCGCGACUCGUCACUCAGCUUGAACUUGGCUUCGACCAACUCGUUUGGAAAUGUUCCUGUGGCGGCUAAUGCGUUUAACAUAACGCUCGAUUUGGAGGAAUCGAAAGGGGGGAGAAGUAGCGAUGCAAACGAGGGUGGAAAACUCCCGAUUCAGCAGCAGGGUCACCCCAAUGUGGACCCUCCUUGUGAUGACGACCCACAUGGAGUCGGAGAAAACCUGGAUGAGUUAAUCAAAGAACUGGAAAGAAGAGAAAGCUCCUACUUCGAAAAGAGGAUCCACUUUGUGCUAGACAAAUGGGUGCGAGAAGAAGACGGACGAAGACUCAUAAUCAACCAAAAGGAUAAAAUAAAACUCAUCUUCGACGAAUUCAAGAAGAAAAACUACACCAUCACAGAUAAAGACAUCAUUCCACUGCUAUUCUUCAUAGACAGAAGAUUAUUUUUAAAUUAUACCCUUGUGCAUCAAUACAAUUUUAACAACUUCUACUACAUAUUUUAUCUGCAUUCAUCUUUUUAUUGUUCCGAUACGAAUAGCAUAACGUUUGAAGAAGUGUGGAGCUUCCUCGUUUCUAACUUGCCUCUAAAUUUUCACCUGUAUAAGGAGAACAUUUUAAUUGGGCUGGAGAAAUUUUACAGAAAGAAAAAAAUGGUCCAAAAUUUUCAGUUCACCAUCACUUUUGUGAGGAACUUCCUUCUCUUUCUUCUGAUGGAUAUGUUUUUACUUCUUUCCCGUUUUUUCAAGCAGGAGUUAAGUCACCACCCCGUUGGGGCUGUUGGAAGAAGUGGGUCCGUUGGAGGAAGCGAGUCCGUUGGGGGCAUUUCCCUAGCGGGCAAUUUUUACCUCCAUAUGGACUCCCUUUCACCCUUCUUCUCCUCCUCCUCCGAGGGGUCCUCCACUGAGGCGUUCUCCUCCACGCAGCGCGACAGCAGCACACAAGUAAUACACCGAAGCGUUGCCCUCCCUGAGGAAGACCCAUCCAAGGAAACACUUACCCCGUUUGCCCCCAGAGGGGACGACCAAUUGGGACUCACACCGAGUGAGAAUAAACCACAAGCGUUACACCCCCAGAGGUACGUAAAAAGAAACCUGAUUCUCCACUUGCUGAUGCUCCUCUGGGGAAUCAACAUAAAGAUGCAUGAGCUGCAAGAGGAGGUUCUCAUUUCGGACGAGUUGUCCACCGAUAUGGAGGGGGAGGCGCCGGACGCGGUGGAUGCGGAUGGUGCGACUGUCUCGAAAAAGCCCUACGAAGACGGACUUGCUCCAGAGGGAGAUGGCAAACCGUUACAUAGAUUGACCUACCAACGGAUUUCCCCACAUCGCAAAAAGGACGCACACGAAUGCACCUGCCGAAGUGACGGGGAAAUGGCAAAAAAGGGAAUUCUAAACAUAAUUUCAAAAAGAAUGGCACCCAAAAAAAGGAGCCUGUCAACAGCCGGCCGGAACAAACAGUACAGUUUGAAAAAAACAUCCGUGGAAGACGCAAUUAGAAGUAAGAAAAAAAUAAAUGAAGAUGAAUUGAAGGAAGAAAAAAAUAGGAAAGAAAAGAAACGAACUCAUGAUAUGUAUACAUUACGAAAAAAGUAUAAAAAAAAAAAUUAUAAAAAAAAACUCUCCACUUUGGUGCAUUCCAUUGUUAAAAAUAUUAAGCCGAGAAAAAAAAAUUAUUACAAUAAGCUCCUUGAAAUGCUGAAUGGCGGUGCGAAGAAGCAGAUCUUUUGGCACCUUUUCCUUUUCCCACUGGAGGGUUAUGACCAAUUUUCGACAGAGUAUGAUGAUAUAGGAUGGACACUGGACGGUGUGGACGGCAGGAAACCCAUGAGCACUGAUGGGUAUGCCACAUUUCGUGAAAGCGCAAUCCGCGGGGGAAGUAACAACCAUUUAGGUGACAGCUUCCACGAUGAUCACUCUUCUGGAAGCACCGAUUCAUUCGCCCCCCCAGGCGGAAUGCACACUUUGAAGGGAGGAGGAGACCCCUCCAGAAUACCCUUCUUCCCAGAAGAUGAGAUUUUCCCGCAAGUGGAAAAUUUCAUUCAAACCUACAUCAAAAAGAGAAGGAAAAAGAGGUCCUCCGACGGGGAUCAUAAAAUGGCGAACACGACAAUGGGGGACACAACAAUGAGGAAAGUAAAAUCAAGUGCCUCUUCCAAAAAAAGUAGCAGCUCAUCCAUCAACCUCUUGUGCAACUUCAAACUUUACAAGAAAAAAUUUCUCAAUAAAUUUACAACGGAGCAUAUAUACCUGCUACUCCUUUUUGUGUGUUACGUUAACAAAACCAUGGACUCUUUUUUCCUGCGGCGCGCAAGUACCAAGGGGAAAUGA